AUGCCUGAAUUAGCUGAAGUCUCGCGCAUCGUGCACUUUAUCGAUCAACAUCUUGUUGGGAAGACACUCACAAAGGUUUCCGCUCAGAACGAUGAUAUUGUGUACGGGAAAGUUGGGACCAGCGCCUCUGAAUUUCAAAAGGCCAUGGAAGGGAAAAAGGUCGUCAGCGCAGGUCAACAAGGAAAGUAUUUCUGGCUCAUCAUGAACGAGCCUCCUCAUGCAGUGAUGCAUUUCGGAAUGGCAGGCUGGCUCAAGAUCCGAGACGCCGACACAUACUACUACCGCGUCGAGAAACCCGAAGAUAAAGAAUGGCCACCGAAGUAUUGGAAGUUCCUGCUGGAAACAGGCGGGGACCCGAAAACAGAGGCAGCUUUCGUUGACUUCCGCAGAUUAAGUCGAAUUCGACUUGUGGAUUGUCCUGCAGAAGAGAUCCGCAAACAUAGCCCACUCAAAGAGAAUGGUCCGGACCCGGUGGCCGAUAAAGACAUCGUCACGGAAGAGUGGCUGGCGGACAAGCUCAAGAGCAGAAAGGUUCCCAUCAAGGCCCUUCUCCUGGACCAGGCUAAUAUUAGUGGGAUUGGUAAUUGGAUGGGUGACGAGAUCUUAUAUCAUGCCAAGAUACACCCGGAGCAAUAUAGCAAUACUCUCAACGAUGAGCAGAUCAAACAGCUUCACUCCUCCAUCCAUUAUGUUUGUACCACGUCGGUAGAUGUGCUCGCUGAUUCUGAGAAAUUUCCCGAGCAUUGGCUGUUCAAGCAUCGAUGGGCGAAGGGAAAGAAGAACAAGCCAUCGGCCCUGCCAAAUGGCGAAAAGAUUGUUUUUCUGACUGUCGGAGGUAGAACGAGCGCUGUUGUGCCGAGUGUUCAGAAGAAAACGGGCCCCGUUGCUAAAGAUAUUGGCGACGAGGAUGCCAAUAGCCCUAAGACCGAGACCAAACGAAAGCGGGUAACGGCUGUUAAAAAGGAGGAGGAUGUGAACGACGAUAAGGAGGAGCCCAAAUCGAAGAAACAUGGAUCGCGAUCCAGAAAAUCUGAGGAUGCAGUGGAAAUCAAGGAGGAACCGAAGCAGGAGGGAAGAAGACGGUCCACGCGCCUCAGAAAAUGA